AUGGUUCAGAUGGACUCAUCGGCUCCUGCUCCUGCUCCUGCUCCUGCUUCAGCACUUCCCCUGGUAUCGCCCAUCAUGGAGGAAAACGAGCGUCCGGAUCUUGUGCGUGCCAUGGACUCAUCAGGCACCGACGUGACGGAUGUUUCGGAAGACUACGAAACCGAGACGGACAACGACGUGACGGGCCCGGACGAUGUCGACGUGCAGCGCAUGCAUUUCCAGCCUCCGCAUGCUGUCCUCGACGGCCAGAUGACGCCUGCCUCGCAGUUCGGCUGGACACGUCCACCGCGCCCGCCAAACGUACGUCAACCUUCCAACGCCUAUGCCCCUGCUCGUCGCCCUCACCAAUAUUCCUACAACAACACCGCUCAGCGAGCACGUACUACCUCAACGAACCGCGUCCGUCGCAAUCCCAACGCCGAAUAUCGCGCUCAGGAGAAGGCAUACGUCCAGCGCCUACGCCAGGAUGCUCCGCCCGACGACUUCUUCGUUGGAGAGCCACGAACACCCAGUCUCGACUACAGCGAUGGCUCCGAGCCCGACGACGAGUCGCCUGCAGCUGGUGAGGUACUUGAACAUGAACACGAUGAAGAGACGCUACUAUACUACGGCAACGAGGAUAUGCAGCCUUCAAUCGAGGAGCUGAAGAUACCUGAGAACCGCGAACGUCUGGAAUGGCACUCUAUGCUGGCAAACGUGCUUACCGGAGAUGUCGUCAAGCAAGAAAAGAAGCGUCUGAUUGGUGGUCAGGAUCCUCAGAGUGACAGAUCGAUGAUCAUGGAGGUCUGGACUGGAGUAAGAGCAAAGGUCUGCGGCCGCUCUUUGGCCGCCCAACGCCGCAUGAUCGAAGACGGGCGCAGCAAGAUCAAGGCUGUCAUUGAAGAGAUCAUUGGUUUCGAAAUCAAAGGCGAGGCCGAGGCUGGCAAGACUCCGCUGGAGCAGGUCCGAGACGUCGUGCAAAAGAUUGAGAAGAUUGAGGGACUGUAUCCUACUCGAAUGGCUUUUGUGCAAGCAAACCCGCGCGCCGCAUCUGACGCCUAUGUCAGCAGCUGCGAUGCUGUCAUGUCCUGGCACAACACAACAGAUCUCAUCAACACUCAACUUGGUAUUUUGCAGGCUUGGGUCGGUAACCAGGAGCUGUCAUUCGAUAAGCCACGCCAACGUGGUCUCCAAGACGCUCACGGACACAUCAUUGACGAGAGUACCUUUAUUGACCGCAUACUCAAAGAAGACGGUCUCCGCUCCCUGUGGGAUGAAGACAAGGAGGUCAAGGAGAACAAGCCCAAUGGUCUCUUUUACGUCGUCAACGCCGUCAUUGACAAGGCCAAGUCUACCCUCAUAUCUAAUGCGGAGUCUUUUGCAGAUCGUCACUUGCCUCCAUACAUCGAAGAGUUGUUGACCUUGAUCAACUUCCCUUCGCGUCUGGUCCAAGAAGUCAUCAAAGUCCGUAUAGGUUAUGCCAAGAAGAUGAAGGAUCCUGCUCAAAAGGGUGUCAUGAUGGCCGAGCAAAUGAUUCUGCAGUUCCAAAGUCUCCUCAAGCUGGCCGUCAAGGUCAAAGAGGCAUACCUAUUUGCUGCUCAGCCUGAGCCUGGCUGGGACUUGCCACCUUGCAUCGAUGAGAAUUUUGAUCGUAUUGUCCUCGAAGCUGUCCGCUUUUACUUCCGCAUGCUAAACUGGAAGCUCAUGGCCAAUAAGAAUACGUUCAAAGAGGCUGAAAUUCUCGAACAAGAAUGGGGUUUCUGCAACGAGUUGGGCAGGCACCUCGAAGGUGGUGAUGUCGAAGUUGCUGAGCAGUUCAGUUCAUUGACUUCCAAGUCGCUCCUGAGACUGACAGCGCACUUCGAAGGCGAAUUGCAGAAACGGCCCGAUGAAGUCGCUGGUGCCGAGAUGGACAAGAGAUAUAAGAACAUUCUCGACUCGGUUCGUGUACGACAGCGUAAAAUCUUCCGUUUCUCUCGUCUGUUGAGUCAGCGCUUCGAAAACUCCACCGAGUACAGUCUCAACAUGAACUCGGUACACAUGCAAGACUUGAUCGAUGCACUCAUCGGCUCAGGCCACUUCCUCAUUGACACAGAUUCCGAGAAGUCAGGCAUGUACUUCAUCGCAUGUCCCGCCCUCGACGGCCGUCUGAAGGAGAUUGAAACUUUGCUCCGCACCUGUUAUCACCCCGAGGAAUUCACCGAAGAUCUCACCAACCCCUACGUCCUCAUCCUCAAGCCCGAAGCUCCCAUCUCGUGGGAUGGCGCGAUGCUUGACAGAUCAGGAUUCUCACCACCUCAUAUCGACCUUCGUACUGGUUUCAUGCGUCUCGUUGCCGAUGGUCCACAAGAAAGACUCGGUGAUGCUAACACUGCUUUUGCUUCAAACAUCAACCUCGAUCUCAAUGUCACAGUACCGCAGCGUGCCAAUAUGACACGAGUCAACCAAGAACUUCAGAAGAUCAGGCGCACUACUUACAAGCUCAGUAAUACCAUCAUGGACAGUGUUGAGAUUGUGCGCAAGCAGACUGAGGGACUCCAGUGCCAAGAACUCAUCCAGACUUGUUUCGCCUUCGCCACUGAGUUCGGACAGCGUUCGGUGCUAUACAUGGAUCCCAACCGUCGCGCAUACCACAAUCUCAAGAUGACAAGACUUGCCUUGGACUGGGUCAGCUUCGUUGCGGACGAUUGCAUCCCCUCAGACCGCAAGACUUUCCGCUGGGCGGUCGUUGCACUCGAGUUCGCUAUGGUCAUGACACGAGGACAAAACAUUCUUUCCAUCAGCAUGACUGAAUACGACAAGCUGCGAGCCAAGGUCGCUGGAUGUAUGUCGUUGUUGAUCAGCCACUUUGAUAUCAUGGGCGCUCGUUCAAAUGUCGCUGCCGAAGCAGAGAAACAGAGAUUGGAGAGUACGGCCGGCAAGCUGCGUCUGGACGUCAGCAAGCUGAAGGACGAUGAUGAGAGCUCCAAACUGGUACAGCAGCAAUGGGUCGAGCAGCUCCAACAGAUUGACGAAUUCCGCAAGGACCGUGAAGCAGAACGACAAGCACUGGGACGCGUCCUCGAAGACAGCAACGAAGCCGACCGUGCAUUGACAUACCUGUCUGCUUCGGCAGGAAAUGUUGUAUUGCGUUGGCAGCAAGGCCAGUUCGUUGGUGGCGGUACCUUUGGUUCCGUCUACGCUGCUAUCAACCUUGACAGCGGUCAUCUUAUGGCUGUCAAGGAGAUUCGUUUACAAGAUCCUCAACUCAUUCCCACGAUUGUAUCACAGAUUCGCGACGAGAUGGGAGUUCUGCAAGUCCUCGACCAUCCCAACGUUGUCAGCUACUACGGUAUUGAGCCUCACAGAGACAAGGUAUACAUCUUCAUGGAGUAUUGUUCAGGCGGCAGUCUGGCAGGUCUCCUCGAGCACGGCCGCAUCGAAGACGAGACAGUCAUUCAAGUUUAUGCUCUUCAGAUGUUGGAAGGUCUGGCCUAUCUCCACGAAGCGGGUGUGGUCCAUCGCGAUAUCAAGCCCGAAAACAUUCUUCUCGACCACAACGGUGUAAUCAAAUACGUCGAUUUCGGUGCCGCCAAGGUCAUCGCCAAGCAGGGGAAGACACUCGUGGCCGACCCUACUGGCCGUGGCGGAAAACAAAACUCCAUGACCGGCACACCCAUGUACAUGUCCCCUGAAGUCAUCAAGGGUGGGGCACCACUCAACUCCCGCCACGGCGCCGUCGACAUCUGGUCCCUCGGAUGUGUGAUUCUUGAGAUGGCCACUGGACGUCGCCCAUGGGCCUCUCUCGACAACGAAUGGGCCAUCAUGUACAACAUUGCUCAAGGCAACCCACCUCAACUGCCGUCUAAUGAACAGCUCUCCGAACUCGGCUUGGACUUUUUGAGAAGGUGUUUCGAGCGUGAUCCAUCAGUGAGAAGUUCGUCUGCGGAGCUGUUGCAACACGAUUGGAUCAUGCAACUCAGAAACCAAUUAUCACUUGAGCCUGGUACGCCUGCGACACCGGCUUCCGAGUCGAGCUUUGGGAGUAUGAGCAGGCAUGAGAGUAUGAACGGAUCGUAUAAUGGUUGA